AUGGCAACGCCUCACCAGUCGGAUGUCAAGGGAGUUGACAAUGGGGGAGAUCGUCACCGAAACAGCACAUCAGAGUCUCCUGGUAGACGAGUCUCGGUCACGAUGGACUCACGCCACAGCCACAGCAACAAGUUGGGCAGCAUAUCAGGUGUUUACAUCCCUGUUUUUCUCAAUAUCAUGAGCAUUCUCAUGUUUUUGCGCUUUGGCCUCAUCAUUGGGAAAAUCGGGUUUGUGGGCAUCCUCGGUUUGCUUGUCACUGCCUACUCUAUCGACCUGUUGACGACACUCUCACUGUCUGCCAUCGCUUCCAAUGGCGAAGUCAAAGGUGGUGGUGCCUAUUACCUCAUCUCGAGGUCCCUGGGUCCCGAGUUUGGUGGUUCUAUCGGCAUUCUCUUCUAUCUUGCUCAGGUCCUCAACGCAAGCAUGAACGUUGUUGGUCUCAUUGACUGCAUCCGACUGAAUCUGGGACCAGCUUUCCCCGAAGGAUAUUGGACUGGCUACUUCCUCCAGACGGCUGCUUUACUCCUUUGCACUGGCCUCUGCUUCCUAGGAUCUGCUACUUUUUCGAGGGCGUCCAACGCUUUGCUUGCAAUCCUAAGCUUGGCCAUCGUCAGCAUCCCCGUCUCGGCUAUCUUCAAGACUCCCUUCCGUGAUGAGGAUCUUGGUAUUCACUUCACUGGGCCCAGCCUUGAUACCCUGACUGAUAACUUUCUCCCUCAUUUAAGUAGCCCUCACUUCAAAGGCCUUGAGACAUUCCGUGAUCUAUUUGGCAUUCUCUUCCCGGCUACUUCGGGUAUCUUUGCAGGUGCAUCCAUGUCUGGCGAUCUCAAAGACCCUAGCAGAUCGAUCCCUCACGGAACGUUAUGGGCCAUGUUGACAACAUUUAUCAUCUAUUUCAUCGUGAUCCUUUCUCUGGCUGCAAGCACCACCCAUGACUCCUUCUUGGCCAAUGACAAUGCCAUCUCACUCAUCAAUCUAUCUCAGCCUGUGAUCCUCGCAGGUGAAUGUGCAGUUACCUUCUUCUCGGCUUUGAUGGGUCUCAUUGGUGCUUCUAAGCUGUUUCAGGCUUUCUCAAGGGACAAACUUCUUCCUGGUCUUGGGUUCUUUAGCAAAGGCACCAAGCAUGGAGAUGAACCUAUAUAUGCUUUACUCUUAACCUAUGUCAUUGCACAACUGGCACUCUUUGCUGAUCUCAACCAGAUCGCCACCUUCAUCUCGAUGGGUUACCAGAUGACAUUUUUCGUCAUGAACCUCGCGUGCUUCCUCCUCAAAAUUGGAUCCGCACCCAACUUCCGCCCGAGCUUCAAGUUCUUCACCUGGCAGACCGCGUUUGUUGCCGGUAUCUUGUCCGGGUUUGCUAUGUUCUUCAUCGACGUAACCUAUGCCGCAGUGGCUGUUACAGUGCUCGUCCUGCUCUUCUUGCUCAUUCAUUACCUGAGCCCCCCUAAACACUGGGGUGAUGUGAGCCAGAAUCUAAUUUAUCAUCAAGUGAGGAAGUAUCUGCUACGUCUCAGGCCAGAACACAUCAAGUUCUGGAGGCCACAUAUUAUACUGCUCAUCAAUAAUCCGCGUCGACAAACCAGGUUGAUUCAAUUUUGCAACUCGCUCAAGAAAGGCUCACUAUAUAUACUUGGACAUGUCAUUGUGACCGAUGAUUUCAACUCUGGUGUCCACGAGGCUAGGCUCCAGCAGCACGCCUGGACAAAAUAUAUCAACGAGUUCUCCAAGAUCAAGGCUUUUGUGCAACUCACAAUGUCUCCCACAAUCACCUGGGGCAUUCGAAACUUGAUACUAUCAGCUGGACUCGGAGGUAUGCGUCCAAAUAUUGCUGUUCUUGGCUCCUACAACAUGGAAGAAUUACGAAAGUCCAACCCGAGACUACGCGUGCCUGAUGUUCCCGUCUCUUUCUCGAGGCAAAUGCAACGCCCACCAAAGUCCAACGGUAAGGCUCCUGAGAGGCCUCGAAGGCGGCGAGGAGAUACAUCAGCCAGACUUAUGGAGGGCAUACUCCCAACCGAUGUCAUUCGUACGGAGAAUAUGAUGUCGCCAAAAGAGUAUUUGACUAUUUUAGAAGAUCUUGCCCUUCGGUAUCGACUCAAUAUCGCAGUGGGUUGUGGCUUCGAUGCUCUAGAAACACCCAGAAAAGAUGGUAACAACACCAAAAAGUACCUUGAUUUGUGGCCGAUUCAGAUGUCUGCUGAAGUGACAUCUGAUGGUAAGAGCUUGCUGACUACGAAUUUUGACACAUACACUCUUAUUCUUCAACUCGGGCAUAUUCUACAUAGCGUCCAGGUCUGGAAGCAAGUAUAUACGCUACGAGUUAUGGUGUUUGUGGAAUACGAAAGCGAAGUACACGAAGAGCAUGCUAGGGUACUGGCACUUCUUGAAAAACUGCGAAUUGAUGCAGAAGUCAAUGUUUUCUGCUUAUCUUCGGGCGAUUUGAAUACUUACGAAAUCAUUGUCAACGGUGUUAGCCAUGACAUAGACUGGGAAAUCGUCGUAAAUGACACACUUCGAAAUGAAGAAUGGUGGGACGAUGUUCAGAUGUACCGAGGGCGCGCAGACAACAUGUCUUCAACUCAGGAGCUCGACCAGCUCGAACAGAUUUAUGAUUCGACAUCUGGAAGACCCGGCUUGUAUAACCCCCAUGAGGAGAUAUAUGAGCGUCGACGUGCAAGCACAACGGAUGUUCCCGAGCUGCCACGACGGCCGGCUAUUCGGAUGCUGUCCAAGAUGGGUGUCAGCAUGGGGAUCCAUACACACCAUCUCCCAGACGACGCAUUGGACGAAACAAGUAGCGAGGACGACGAAACAGAAGAUUCCCCGACAGAUCUUAUUGAAGACGAGGAGAUGGGGUACAGCUCUGUGUUAGAGCACGACGCCAACGACGAGGCCAGCAUCGGCCCGAGUGACUCGGUGCAUCAACCAUUGCUGGUGGGUGGGGACUCUCAUGAUGAGGACGGCAGAGUUCGCGGUGACUUUUGGGAAAGGUUUGGCCGGCGUCCCAAGUCUGACACCGUUGCAGAUACCGUCGGUACAUCGUACGGUACAAUGUCAUCGUCUGCAACGGUAAAGGGUGUUGGGGGAGCCCAAACUUCUCAGCAAACAGAUGAGCGGCCACACCAAAGCAGCACAGACUCUGCCCCUGCAGAUAUUCCCUCUCUCGUCUCACGAGAUUCACUAGGACCUACUGCCGCAUAUUCUCGUACACGUCCGGCAAGCCCUUCGCGUGAAGACACUGUACGCCCAUACCGCGGUGGUACGACAACACCAGGAAGACCGACUCUCUCAAGACAAUCCUCGGCCGUGAAGUUCUCUAGUCGCCCGGUCCCCGAGACAAAGAUUGUCGCAUCGGAGGCGGAAGGAUCCACGAUCAGCUUUGCGCCGCCUUCUAGUACAGAUUCAGAAACACCAAAAGCCGGGCCGUAUCGACCGAGCUAUUCAAGGCAGUCUUCUCUAGGCAACUAUCCGAGCAAGUCUCGGCCCAGCACACAAGUAACGUCUGGCGAGAACGAUGGCAAGAAAAUCUCUUUUGCAGAGCAACCAGAUUACGAGCCAUAUUCGGCCAAUCAUUCUCGGUUUCAAUCACGACGUAGUUCUCGGGGGUCUGCACAGUACGGAGGCGAUUCUUGUGAUCAAAUACCCGAAAUGCUCGAAAGAUAUCGAUUAAGCUCUCACCUAGAGGAGGAAGCGCAGGAACUAGGUUUCACGCCCCAGGGCUUAGAGCUGUCAUUCAACGAGCUGCCAAGCAGAGCUCAACACCUCAUUGUUAACGAAUUGAUACGUCAACAUUCCAAGGAUACUGCUGUGCUGCUCAGCACCCUUCCUAUUCCUACGGAGGGCACUUGCUUGGAUGAUGCGGCAACAAUACAGUAUUUGUCUGAUGUCGAGGUGCUUUGCAAUGAGCUACCACCAACACUGUUGGUGCUCAGCAACAAUAUGACAGUGACUGUCAAUCUUUAG